GAUGUCAGAAUUCGUCUGUAUGUUUUGAAAGAGCGACGCGUCAAAACAUAAUACUAUGUCCUGAAGAAGGUACUGUCAUGCGCACAGCGUUCCUGUCAAGUUAUCCGUUGAUGUGGUAGAUAUCCUUGGAUAUAGUCUUUCAGUGAAGUGUUUCUCCAGAACCCCAGAAGCAACAUUAUCGGGUGGUGUGGUUAAUCAGUAGACAUUGAAAGAGCGCAGUAUGUCGCUGAACAAAAAUGUAAUUAUUUUAGUUUCUCUAAUGUUACUGGCAUUAGGAGUUAUUGCAACAAUUCCAGCGAGACAUAUCUUAAAUGUGACACCCAACAGAGGUCUUUAUGACGAUGAUUCGAAAGUGACAGUACUGAAUACUACAAGUUUCAAGACCGCUGUCUUUCACACAAAUAACGCUUGGUUAGUUGAAUUUUACAGUAGCUGGUGCGGCUUUUGUCAGAGGUAUGCACCGACUUGGAAAGCAGUCGCUGCAAGCACAUACGGUUGGAAAGAUAUCCUUAUUUCUGCUGCUGUUGAUUGUGCAAAUGAAGACAACACACCAUUAUGCCGAGAAUAUGAAAUUAUGAAAUACCCAACUGUAAAGUUUUUUGGUGCUAACACUAAGGCAGGUGACAUUGGUACAGAAAUCGCAAAAGGAAAUUCAGCAGAUGAGUUAGUACAUAAUGCUAUUAACAUGCUAAAAAAGGAACAAGCUGAUGGAAGAGGUUUCAAUUGGCCUAACAUUACACCAUACAGGAGUACUGAUGUCCAGAAUUUGUGGAAGAAUGCUCCAGAAAGUGUUCAAUAUAUUUUUCUUAUAUUUGAAGAAAGUGACUCAUACAUUGGAUCUGAAGUAAUUCUGGAUCUUCACUUCAUCAAAGGAAUACAAAUACGAAAUGUUUUGAACCAGAAUGAAGCACUUGCAAAGUUGUUAGGCAUUUCAUCAUAUCCUAGUAUGAUAGUUUUGGAAAGAAACAGUACUCCAGAACAUCUUAGAGUUGUUGAUAAGACAAGAGAAGAAUUUCGAAAGGCUAUUGAAAUAUUCUUGAGAAAUAAAGGUAUUGAAUUUUCUGUAAAUGAACAAACCGGUUCAAAAGAGAAUAAGGACAGCGUUUUGAACUACGUUCAGAAUGUGAAAGAGAAUGGAAAAAAGCAGCCAUCACACGAUGUAGUUUUUCAAGCUGAUUUAGAAUUAGCAGUUCAGUAUUCACUUAAACAUGAGAUACCAUUGAAAAACGUAAUUUCUGGUAAAAUGCUUGAUGCCCUUAGAAAUUAUCUAAGUGUUUUGGCUAAGUACUUCCCAACUGAAUCAGAGGGUAAAGCUUAUUUAAGAGCAUUGCAAGGUAAAGCAUUGGCCAAUGUUUCUCAGUUGAAAGGUAGUGAUUUUCUUGCUUAUGUUAAAAAGCUUGAGCAGGGUAUGAAAUACUCAUCCUUUAUCAGUAACAGAGAUUGGGUUGGUUGUAAGGGAAGUUCUCCUAUUUAUCGUGGCUACCCUUGUGGUCUUUGGACUUUAUUCCAUACUCUUACUGUCAACUCUGUCUUACAAAAUGGAACAGAUAAAAAUUUUAAAAGUCUGGAGGUACUUGAUGCUAUGUUAGGGUACAUUACACAUUUCUUUGGUUGCCAUGACUGUUCAUUGCAUUUUCAAGAAAUGGCAGCAGAAUCUAUGCAUUCUGAUGUGCUAAAACCAGAGGAUAGUAUAAUGUGGUUAUGGAAUGCUCACAACAAAGUAAACAAACGUUUGGCAGGAGAUACGACUGAAGAUCCAAAACAUCCGAAAAUACAGUUUCCUUCUAGAGAUAACUGUCCAGUUUGCAGACAUCGUGAUGGUAGUUGGGAUUAUAAUGAAGUUCUAAAAUAUGUAAAAUUGGUGUACCGUAGAGAGAAUAUAAAAACCAUUCCUGUAGAAGACAGAAUUCAUCAACAUUCAGGUAGUAACAAUUUUGAAGUUUCGGAACUUCACAGUAAUAGUUUUUCAAGUCUAAAAAAUACUGCUGCAAGUAAUCAACGUUUUGGGUGGAAUUUUAAUAUAUUCGAUGUGAGUCUUUGUGUUAUUCUGUAUCUUGUUUCAGCAUGUAUUCUGCUUCUAGUUUUCUUGAAGUUCAUUGUAAGAAAAAAAUAUAAGAAGAAGUACUACGUGCAUGACUUGCUUGGAAAAGUAUAAGAAACAAUGAUACAGCUGUAAACAAUCCAUUGUUCCUGAAACAGUAUUUCUUCUAUUUCCGUUGUCUAUCUUUUUUUUGAUAGAGAGAUAAUGUGUAAAAGGUUUUUUGAGUGGUGGGUAAUGCAGUCAUAACUGUUUCCUUUUAAUUUGUAAUUUAGUAACCAUAUGUUUUAUGGAAUAUUUGUACAUGAAAUGUUGAUAUUUUGGUUUUGUUAUUAUUAUUGUUUAUGGUUUUUUUAAAAAGGCAUACAGUGGUUAUCUAUGUGGAAAAGUACUUCUUUUGAACCAGAAUGUUACUUUGAAUGACCCAAGUAGAUAAUUUUAAAAUGAAAUGUUUCAAUCACUCUCAUGUAGAAGAAUUCAACAAUAGUGAAAAUUCUUUGCUGUAGUGUUCCACCUUUUCAUAUAAAGGUAUACAUUUUCUCAUAAUCCAAAAAUAUAUAAUUAAGUAGAAUGUAGUACAGGGUUUUUGGGAUUUUUAUUGCCAUUUUGUUGCACUUUUCAUCCUUAUGUUGAUGAUUCAAUUGCCAGAAGGUAUUCCACCAGGUACAGAUUUUUUGUUUAAGAAUGCACAUGCUGUACCACACAAUCCUCUCAUUGCUAGUUUUUAAUUUAGUCUCAUUGCCAUAUUUAUUUUUUCUGUCCAAGCAUACCCUGGUUUCUUUUACCAUACAGAAGACUGAAAUUAGUCCAAUUAGAAUUGGUACAUGUUAGGAUAGGUAAGAAUAUCACAAUAUUGAAUUUUCUGUGAUAGUACAAGGUAUUGAAGAGCAUCAGAAAGAUACAAUAAUGAUGACAGUGGGUCAGGUGCAAAUUCAGUUGAGAAAGAUUGUUAAAAUUCAAAGAGGCAGAAAGGCAUUAUUUGUACAGUAUUAUUGCCCUGUCUUCAUUAUAAUUCGGAGAGUUCUUGAAAUUUUAUAUUUCCCUAUAUUUAAAAUUAAGGUAAAUGAUAUUCAAACAGAUCACAAGUGACCGCACUUGUAGACAUAUAUUGUUCCAGUACUAAGACAGUUUUUCACUAGCCACACAUAGUAAAUAGAUGUAAUUUGCUAUCUCGUUAUCAACACAACAAAUACUGAAGUGAAACUACCGUCUCUUGCACAAGUUGAGGUAGAAUAAAUGUGUGUUAACUUUAAUACACUAAAAGAAGUUUUAUAAACAGUUUUUGUGUUCAGUUAUUUAACAGAAUUUGUAAAUUUAACUUUAUUUUACUCAUACCACCCCUUUAUCACCAUACAGCAUUCCCAAAUGGACAAUUUAUUUUAAUUACACUUACUUUUAUCCACUCAGGAGAUAUUCAGGUGUUCUCCCUGUGAUCCACAAACUUCAACCUUACUUGCAGGCAUCAAAUAAAGAGGCAUUCUACAUUUUCUGAGAACGUUACAGGCUUGCCAAUCCCCUCUUACUAUGUCUAUUGUCCUCUGUGAGCUACUGCCUACAUCACUGUCAGUCCACUGUGAGCCCAUAUAAAAAAGACAUAAAAAGGUAAAAAAUGUUCCCUCAUUGAAAAUAAAUCUAAAUUGCUUAACAGCAUGCACUGUGAUCAAAUUUUUGCUGUAAAAAAGUUGUUGCAAUACCCACUUCACUCUCAAACAGGAGUCUUGCAGUAUAUAUUUCCUGCAUCUCCCAGUUGAUGUGAACAUGACCUAUUUUUUGUUGACAGUUUGAAGUAGCAAUAAAAUUUGACUUUUGAAAAGCUUGACUAUCUUGCUGUGUCUUUAUUAUUCAUAAUAUUUUUAUGCAAUAUAUCCUGAAGCAACAAAGAUUUGAAAAAUAUGGAAACUCGAGAAAUUAAAUUAUGCAUGUUACUACUCACAAAAUUCUCACACAAAUAGUAACAAAAUGUAGUGAAUGAAAUAAUAAGUGCGGUGUAUAGUAGCCCACAAUUUGUUAACAGUACUUUUGGCAUAUUUCAGAAAUCCAUUUAUGUUGCACUGUAAGUAAAAUUUCUUGAACAUUUAACACUUUUCUUGUUUAUUUAUGAGAAAUUAAUUACAAACAUUAACUAGUGUCACAGUAUACUUAUUGCUUAAGGUAGUUGGCCAUAUUCAUUCAUGUAGAUUGUGCCUGUUCUGUCUGUUUAAUUCAUUUUGUUUGUCUGCAGCCAUUUUAGGCAUAAGCAGAUCUUUUGAUAUGUGUGAAAUUACUAUUUACUGAUCUGCACUGGAGACUCUUUAAGGGCCCUAGCAUAUGUGUACAUCACUUAUCUCUUCACUCCCUACAUUCUUUUCAGUCUCAGUCUAAAUAAACUGUGAUUAGAAUCUUAAAUUUACGUAAUUGUCUAAACAAAUCAUUUAAAAGUGUAUUUUCUUUCUCCAAAAAAUUCAUAAUUUAAGCUACUGUUUUGAUUUGGUUCUUUUCUUUGGCUAUUUGAGUUAAUUUUAUGUCAGAUUGAAAAUGUCCUUCCAUGCUUUUAGUAAUGAUUGGCUUUUUAUCUCUGUUAAUAAUUACGAUAGGAAUUUCUGCAAAAUGCUACUGCCUCAACUAUGUUCCAGACUAUUGGAAUCCAAAUUUUCAUAAGAAUAUUUAAGCGAUUUUUUCUUUAUUGCAGAACUUAAAUUGAGAUUAUCAACAUUUCAUGUACAAUGACACUAUUAAUGAGUUGUCCUUGGAUGAUGUAUUAAUAUUACAUUAUUUACACACAAAUUUUAUUUGUCAAAUUAGAAAAGUAAAUAUCUUGUUUUUACUUCUGAAAAAUAUGGCCCACAGUGUUAUUUAAUAUACUCCAAUAUGUUGGUGGAUCUUUUAAUAGAAUUUAAAAUUAAUUAAGCCCUGUGUACUUUAUGAUUAUUCAUAUCUUAUUAACUGUGAUACAUAACAGUGCCUUUUACAGGAACCUUUCUUUCCCAACUAUCAAACAUCACAAUUUGAAUUAAUAUUAAUUAUUUUAAGUACCAAAGAUGAACAUCAAACAUUUUAUUAUGAGACUGAAGAAUUUCGCAAUUGCAUAAGGUCACAUUUCUGUAAUGUGUACAUGUUCAAGAAAUGUUUGAUACAUUUAUUAAAUGACAAAGCUGGUAGACUGGAUAUUACAAAAAUUUAACUUUUGUAUCAAAUAAUAGGAAUUUUACAAUAUUUAUAGAAAAAGAGAACAUUUAGUGUUUGUAAGAAAGUGUGCAAUUUUAGUCACUACUUAAACAUUCAUUAAUUUUGUCUCAAAAUAAGAUUUAUGUGGAUUAAGAAAGGAAAUUAAAUUAAUACAUGUAAAAGCUGUGUAGUAAAUGAUGAGUUGCAUAAUGUUUACCAGCAAAAUAUAUUCUGUAACUUUCAAUUUAUAUGUUUGUAUAAUAUAAAAAUAAGAGAGAAGAAAAUGUUGGGGAUACUACAAGAAUUGUGACUACAUUCAGACAAAAGCAUGAAAACAAGAAAUGGUUACUGGCAUUGUAGAAUGUCUCAUGAUUGUAGCAUAUAUUGCGUGCUCCAGUUGUAUCAACAUAAAGAGGGAAGUUAAUACAUUUCAUGUAACUUAAAUUAUUUUAAAGUUUGGGAAUGAAAUUCUAUCUUUGUAAUAGUUGGCCUGAGAUGAAUGAGACAAUGCUACUUUGCCCAAGGAGAAAUCUGUUUACAAUAAAUAGAAAAGAAACAAAACCUAUGCCUGAGAAAUCACAAAAUGGCAGAGGCUUAUAUGCCACUGUAUGUCCGUAUUCUUUGACAUGUUUUGCCAGAGCAUUCUUAUCCUUCUCUCCUUUUGCAUCUUUUAUUUGUCUCUUUCUGUUUGCACACCUCAUUUGCAGUUUUUGAAUUUUCCCUUGCCCUUGUUCUGAAUGUUUCCUGCCGAUAGUAUAAAUGGCAAUUUUCUUGAUUAGUUUGUAGUGUUAAACAUUGUAUCACGCAGUGCGCACUUACAUGUUGUAGUCAUUGUUCCUGUUCUUUUUAUUUCUUUCAUGAUUUGUAACUGUAAAAAUGCAAAUCUAAACUGUCUUGUUAUUGUUAUGAGUGUAGUGCUUUUUGUAUUUCUUGAUCUCUGUUGUUAUUUUUGAGAGUGUUAUCAUUUUGCUAUCAACAAGUCUACAUUGCAUUUGGUGUGAUACUUGAAGUUUCUUCUGAUGCAUCUGUGAGUACACUGACGAAAGAAAGUAUUUUUAAAACAGAAAAUCAUGUUAAAACAUACAGUAUUAAUUCAAAAAAAAUAGUGGUGUGUGUUAGAUAUGAACUGAAUUAUAAAUAAUGAAUUGUAUCAAAUGAUGAUCUUGUGUGAAUGGUGUGCUUGGAAAAGAAAAUAGAAUGAGCUUGUAAAAACAUAAAAAUCUAUGAUGUUUAUUAGUAUUUGUACAUAUAUUUAAUCCUCUAGUAUUUAAAAUUUCUAUCCUAGCUCAUCAAAGGGUUUCAUCAUAUAGCUAGCAAGUUUUCAUUCUCUUUUGUGUGUGCCUGUUAACAACUCACUGCUUCUGCUGUUCAGUGAUUGGUGUCGGUUACUCCUAUAUUAUUUACAUUCUACGAGAACUUUACUUCCUACAUUAAAAAAGUGCUUUGAGUAG